CUCACGCUCGACCCAGAUCUAGGAUAUAGAUCUAGAAUCCAAACUAAGUUAUAGAACUUUGGUCCAAGAUACAAAUCUAUGAAUCUAUGUUACAACAGGCCAACUAGUGUUCACCAGCAUUCACGAUCAUCUCUCUCUCUUCUUUUGGGAGACAAUGAGAGCCAUCACUUUCAUUCGAACAAGACUUUCAAAAUAUUCUUUAUACUUAUCAUCCAGGUUUUUUUCAGCAUCUCCACCAGACCCUCCUGACCAUCCAGAAGUACUUCUGCGAAAGCAACCUUUACUAGAACAUCUACGUUUGUCCUCCCUUGAAACAUGUGAAGCAUUCAAGUCUGCUAUGCGUAAAGUACCCCAACAAGUGGUUGUUGUAACAACUGGCUUGUACCAACCUGAACUGCGCACUUGGUUAAAGAGAGGAGUGACUUGUAGCACAUUCUCCAGUGUUUCUUAUCAUCCACCAAUCAUAUCGUUUUGUCUAAAUCAAGGAAGUCGACUUCAUGAAUUAAUUAAAACCACUGGAAAGUUUGCAGUUCAUGUAUUGGCUCAAGAUCAGGUGCAGCAAGGUAUACACUUCUCUAAGCCAGCACUAGACAGUGAGUGUCAGUUUUUCAAAGUUCCUCAUGUUCAAGGAGAGGAGGGUCUUCCAAUUAUACUUGGCUCAUUAGCUGUCUUUGUCUGUGAUUCUCAUUCUUAUCAUGGCGUUGGUGACCAUACUGUUUGGUAUGGUAAUGUCACUGGCGUCAGUGUAUCAGAAACAUUGCAUGAUCCACUUAUAUACUUUGUCAGAAAGUUUAGAUCUGUUGGAGAUGAGAUUUUUAUUACUGCUUUUGAAACUGCAACUUUACCAUUUGAAAACUGGACUCAUGAAGCACAUUUAAGGAUGGCAUGGAACUAUAUCACAGAUCAUGGCAAAGAAAAGGCUGUGCCAUAUAUAAAGUUAGGUAUACAGAAGUACAAUGAAAAGAAUAGAGAUAAGAUUAAAACUGGCUACCAUGAGACGAUCACCAUGUUCUUCAUUCAUCUUGUAUCAGAUGCCAUUGUGUCUAGUGUGAAUGCUAAUGAAUCAUUUGAAGAGUUUUUGAUCCGUAACCAACAUCUAGUGAACAAGGACUUAUUGUUUGAAUACUACAAUAAAGAAACACUAUUUCAGGAAGAUGCAAGAAACAGAUUCAUUGAACCAGACAAAAAGAGUUUACCAUGAAAAACGUUCAAAAAGAAAGAAAUGAAACAGACUAACAAUGUUUUUCAUUGGCAGUUAGCUGAGAACAUAGUAUGCAGUUCAUAAUGAACAUUAGACUUGUUUAUGCAAACUAUAGUGAUGUAUUAUGCAUACUGGUACAGGUAUCCAAAGAUAACUGGUACAGGAGUAAACAUCUGGUACUGUUUAAGAGAAUUGUAAUAGCACAGAGAAAUCCCUACUGGACCAGAAUUAAAAUUAAGUAUCGGGUAUCAUAAGGUUAUGAGCCCUUUGUCAGCUGUUAACAAAGAAAACUAACAUAACUACAAAGUUAAAUUUUAGUUAAAACAUAUUUUAAUGCCCUGCAGUUAUCAAAGCAAUAAAAAAAAAAAAAAAACUAGAUUAUAAAGCCAGACUAAUAUUUAGGAUAGUUGCUUGUGACAAUUUCAGACAGGUCACAGAUGAAGGGGAUAGCCUCCAUCACAUUUUAUAACCCCAUAUAAAUGGAGGGCGUCUGUCUCUGAAUUGGUAAGAAGCUCGUCUAUCUGCAGAGGGGUCCAGCAGGGUUUCCUUUUUUUUUAUAUAAAUCUAUGUGGUCUUUGAAUGGAGUACCUUAUAUGCAGUUAUUGUGUAAUAAAUUUUUAUUUAUGACCUCAAUGCUCAGAGAUAUAUUAUUAUAUUUUUUACUGUGUUUUAUAAAUAUAUUUUUUCAAUCCAAAAAAAAGAAACAAUUCACCAUACAGUACUGUAAGCAUUGUAAGACUUAUCCAGUAAUAUUAUGGUACUGUAUUCAAUUUGUUUUUAAACAUUUUAAUAAACAGACUAAAUUACUGUA